GGCACCAAGCUGCUGCUUUUCUAUAUACAGCAGCUCAGACGCGCUCUGACUUCAUUCACUGCACAGUCUCACACAGUCUCUGAGCUGCUGCAGGACACACGGGCUCCGGGGAGCAGGGCAAGACACGGCACGGACAACUUUCUCCACUCUGGUCUUCUCCUCAGAGGAGCUCCUCGUUUGGAUUAUACUCUCCGAGGACUCUCAAGGCACAGCCGCGCGUCUUAGCUGCGGUUCAGAAUAUAAGAAGAGAGAAAGCGAGUGUGUGUGUGUGGACUGGGCAGGGUUCGUUUCAAGGCCAAUUUGCGAGAGAGCAAAGGACAAGUGCAAUGCGCGUCAGCCCUGUCUGCUGGGAUUGUUCCACUUGCGCCUGAGGAGCUAUGUGGGGCUUUGGUGACGAGGACGCUGCGGCUGAAUGUGAAUAAAGAAAGAAAAAACAGAGUCCAGUUUCUACCUAAAUCAGCUUUUUUUUCCUACAGAGUCUGACUCUGUCACCCCGGUUCUCCCCCUCUUUGAGGGGAUGGUUGUGGAUCCCGUGGGGCCAGGAGCGACUCUGAGGCUCCUACACCAUCACCACACUUUUUGCUCAUUUGGUGUUCAGUCAAAAUUAAAGGGAGAUGAGAGCUGCACUUUGUCACUUCCUGCUGUGGACGGCGUACCUGCUGCUGGUCAGCGCUGAGGUAAAGUUAUUACAGGAAGUGGAGUUUCCCCAGGAGCUGAUAGACAGACUGUCCCACAGUGAAAUCCACAGCAUCAGCGACCUCCAGCGGCUACUGGAGAUAGACUCCGUAGGUACGGGAAAUGAUGUGAUCGAGCAGCACAAGUACCACAAACACCACAGCCUCCACAAGAACUACUCCCGUCAUCAGAGUCAAUACAAUGACCUGAAGAGCACCCAGCUCCACAGCCGACGCAAGCGCAGUCUUGUGGAGGAGGCGGUCCCAGCGGUGUGUAAGACACGGACGGUGAUCUACGAGAUCCCCAGAAGCCAGGUGGAUCCGACAUCUGCCAACUUUCUGAUAUGGCCGCCCUGCGUGGAGGUGAAACGUUGCACGGGCUGCUGCAACACCAGUAACAUGCGCUGCCACCCUUCCCGCAGGCACCACCGCACCGUUAAGGUGGCCAAGGUGGAGUAUGUGAGGAGGAAACCCAAGCUGAAAGAGGUGUUUGUCCGACUAGAAGACCACCUGGAGUGUGUGUGCACAUCACACCAUCACCACGUGGUGGAGCAUGCAGAUGCAGAAAUAAGCCAUCGUAGGGCUAAGGGUAAAAAAAGGAAACCUAACAAUCUAAGGGCCAGCAAGGAUUUAUUGGCAACAUAAUAAAGUUGCACUCAUUGCCCAAAGUCCAAUGGAGAGCUGUGAAGGGAACAGUGGACGUGAGGUGAGAACAGUCACAACCAGGGACUUCAGAGUGGGAGGGACCCUAACGAUGGACGUCAUCAUCAUGAGACCUGCUCUUUCCCGCUGCUGUGCAACCUUCGUUUUAGAAAACCAACCUUUCUAUAAGGACGAGAGACAGAACUAAUAGACGGACAAUUUAUAUAAGAUGCCAAAGGUGCUUAUAACAAGAAUAAACUGUGAUGACUUCCUCCGUGGUACACCUCCUACUUAGACAAGGGAAACCUGCCAAUGAUUAAGAAGAAAAGAGAACUUGUGCUGUGGAGCUCAGGCAGGGGCAGUCAGAGGCCUGAUGGGAGAUGAUGAAAGGGAUUUGUGUUGAACAUUUUCACCGACUUUGUUUGAACAAGACGUGCAACAGAAAUGGCUAUAAAACAGAUCAAUCAAGCUUUCGUGGGAAUCUGGUGCUCAGACUAGGAAACAGCGGUGGACGGCCUCCAGCUGGGCAACAUUAAAAGUGCCCUGCCCUCUUUAAAUGACUUUUGCACACACACAGGAAGGAAGAAAGACAGAUAUAGAAAAACACCGGAGAGUUAUGGAGGUGUUUGAUUUUUUUUUUUUCAAAUGACUCUCCAUGGAGCGUCAAACAAUUUGGAGUUUUCUCUGAGUAUGGACAAAAGAUCUUCUCAGAGAACUCUGGUGGUCUGUGACUGUUCCCACCUUCCAUGUACAGUUCAGCCUGAACAAGAUGCACCGCUACUUACAAACUAUUUAUACACGUGGACAUUUUUGGUUUUUGUCUCUUCUAGUAUGAAAGAACAAGAAAUAUUAUUAAGAGUUUUCGGAACAUGCAAAAAAAGGUCUGUUGUUUUGCAAUCAUCAGUAACACAAUCUCAGUCUCUUUACUUUCGUCGUUCCCUUCAUCCAUUUUUCCUAUUAUAUUACAGUAUAUCUAAAAGAUGUCAAGUCUUGUAAAUGUGUGCAGGGACGAGAUGUGAUGUGAGAGGAAGAUGCUUUAUUUUUGUUAUGAAAUAUAUUAUGCUUACUCAUAUCCAACCAGGAAUGAUGUUCUUUUGUUGUGGUUGAAUGUCUGUAUUUAAUCCAAUGAACCGUGCAAAAACACAGGCAGAUGGUGUGAUACUGUAGAUAAGGGAGGGGAUAAAAGUGAUUGUUGGCGUGUGUGUGUGUGUGUGUGUGUGGAUCAGUGUCAGAGGUGGAGCAGACUGGUGUAAACAUGGCAACUUUAGUGAUGGUGGCUGUGCUGUAUCUUUAUCACAGCCAUGACAAAAAUCUUUGAUGUAGCCAAUCAUAAAAAAUGUCCAUGUCUUCAAAUGAUAAGGGGUAGACUGUGUGUGUGUGUGCACCUGUGGGUGAAUGAAUAGGUGUGUGUGGUUGUGUGAGUGAGUGUUUGCGUAUUUUGUCACUGUUACAUGAUGAUGUUUUUCCAUUGAUAUCACUACAACUCUGAUAAGGAAAAUGCCAAUGAUCUCUGAUUCACAAACAAAACACCCCGUACCUGUAAAGAUCAAAGUCCAACUUCAAGAACCAGCAAAAACAAAAUGGACAGGUGCAUGAAUGGACUCCUUGUUUGGCCAGUCUUUAGUCAUUGGUUGGCAGGAGAACAAAUCUCUCUCCUUAGCAGCCUGUGUGGCCGUGACGGAGCAAACAAUUUCCUUGAACAUUUUACCCUUUCCUGUAAAGAGGGAUGAAUGUGUAACCGGGCAGAUAUGGUGCAGAAACAACACUCAUCGUCCACUUGUUCCACAGAGGAAGUUUGUUUUAAGCAGUCAGGGUUAAAGAGACAGUCAGUAAAGUUGAAGGAAGUGAAAAAGAAGGAAAUGAACUGAAAACACGGCUGUCUGUUCAACACACACACACUCACACACACACUCACUCACACACACGUACACAGUUACCAUUGGUUAAUUGGUGCUAUGUUUCCCGGGCCGAUGUUUUGUCACUGUUCACAUUCGCUCCGAUGUAACACUGUUCUGAGUUAAACAGGGACCAUGCUGAAGAUAAAUACCAGGAUGCUAAGCCUUUACUGCUUCUCUUGUGUGCUCCCAUUGGAUGAAUACAGCAAUAAUCAUAAUUUAUAUAUUUAUGUUUCCAACAAUAAAUGAAUUUCUGCUUAUAAAGAA